AUGGUGUCCACGGACAGUCGAUCUUGUUGGAUCAGCAACCCGUACGAGCGUCUGGGGGACUGGGCAAAGCAGUUCACUUGUAAGGGCGCCAACGAGCCAGCCAAACAAGAUUGGGAAGAAGAAGGCGACAGGGUUAUGCAAGAAAAGCAGAACAACUUAUACCGGAGCCUGGAAGAAUGGGCAAAAGGGUUCGAAAAGGACGACGAGCAGGGCGCGGAUGGCCCGCUUGGGAGGGAGGGAGAGGAAUGGAAUGCCUGUCCGCAAGACAGCACAGAGAAGCGAGCAAUACCAGAUGCCGAUGAUCCGAUAGACAACCACGGUGACGACAGCGAGGGCACCAUCGACGAAAACACCAUAACGAACGGAGAGAACGCGAAGGACCAAAAGAAAGACAAGCAGACGAGAUGCAAACACAAGUCAGUCAUGUCAGGACUUCUGCGGACUUUCUUCAACAGUCCUGCACUCUGUGAAUACGAGCAGGAAACCGCGUCCGUGGUCCAGUCCCGCAGAGAUGAGCCCGUGGUCACUGGUCGCUCCUUCCGCCAGAGUUCAGCGACUGGAACCAGCAACGGCCACAACGAGGCCAACAGCAGCUCCACAUCCCCCACGAACAUCGAAGACGACUACGUCCACGUUGCUCGCCAUCCAGGGAUGUAUGCGCUGCCGAGGGACCGCUGGAACCCCAGGCCACCUGUUGCUAACAGCCUCAUCCCUAUUGAAGCCGGUCCUUGCACCGCCGUCCGCCCGGAUGCAACUAAUGAGUCUGACGUAGAGUGGGAAGAGGACAGUGAUUGGGAUAUGCUGUCAGACAUGUUCGACACCCCAACUCCGGAGUGUCAGCAAGGGAAAUGA